AUGCCACGGUACCAUAACUCCUCUUCGGAGACAGACUCCUAUGAAUUUGAGUAUAGCACAGUGGAGACCAAUAUCAGCCGAGACGAGAUCAACGAUUGCAAGUUUCCAGCUUUCCCUGCGCGAACGGAGAACAAGGUCGUCCGACGCGCAACAACAGGGGCUAUAUGGUUCGGCCUGGUGGUUUUAGCCUCUUUGAUUGGAAUCGCAGUUGUCGUCAUAGUCCUGUUUGCAGUCAAGACAGACAAUGACGGCUUCGACCAGAACAGCUCGGAGUACGCGCUGUACAAGAACUCCAUGUUCAAAGACUGUUACAACGUACCUCCGCCUGUCGUCAAUAACUGCACUGCCAUUGAGUCCAUCUUGAGACUGGGCCAAGAUGACAUUGUGGCCCAAAAUUUUGGCUACGUAUCAAAGCUCAAUAUAUUCGACUCGACCAAUUCGGAAACUCGAAAGUCCUCUUACGAUUGGUGCGAGGUGGUGAGCUGCUUCAACGAGUUCAAGAUCGUCCCAUCUUCGCCGCGUCCAUCGGCCUUUUGGGCGACAACUAUUGGAGCGUAUACCAAGGCUGCCAUGAUCUUCCUUUUUGCCCUGUGGCAACUCAGAAAGCUACAAAAAGCCCUAUACAGCAACAGGAGAGACCCAUGCAAGAAAAUCGAAUGGGAUGUUUGGGCUAUCAUGGCUUGGGAUAUGAUCUCGGCGGUUUGGUGGUGGAUCGACUUUGGACGACAUCUCAAUAACCCAACAGAAUUCCCUGCGCCUGGGAUGCUCAGCUGGGUACCACUAUGGAAAUAUGGUUACCUGAUCAGCUUUCAUCCAUACAGUUGUGCUAUCGAACACACCCCUACAACGGCAUGGGUUACAAAAUGGACACUAUACACAUUGGCCGUCGUUCAGUGGAUAGCGUCAGUAUACAUAUGGAAAGCCAGUGCGGAUACGGUCUCCAAGUAUCCCACAUACGAAUGUCUUGCAUCCCAGAUUUCGGCUGCACCUGGGAUCUCGACGUGCUCAGUGGACCAGAUUUGUUCCAGAGAGUUACUCUUUCACGCCUACCACUUUGCAUUCUCCAACGAGGUCAUGGACGUUAAAGACCCUAAUUUGGGUGUUUUCGUCGUUUUCAUUUUUCUUACUCUUGGGUUUUUUUACAGAGUCUAUAUGCUCAAUUUCUUUGCGUUGGUGGAGUCUGGGUUCCAUAUGGAGCGCUUCAAGAAAGCGAAGCAGGAGAUGUACAAACACGAUUUUGGCUAUGCCGGCAGUAUUGGUCUCUCGGCCUUUAUCAGUAUCAUAUUCGGGGCUCUAACUGCUGCGGGCGCAAUAAUGGCCUUCCAGAAUGCUCGCGAGGCCGCUGUUGCUGUCGACUGGGCUUGUCAGACGGUUCAUGUUACUUUGAGUCCCUGGAGAUACUAUUUCGAUGUGCAGUAUCAGUUACCACUGCGUGCGGUCGAAAUGUGGUUUAAUGUAUGA